AUGCCUUCCGAUCCUCGUAAAGCCCCCAAGCCCAAACGCAGCCGAAGGAUAUCUCUUGUGUCCAGAAGCCGUGCCCGUUACGAAAAAGCCCGCCAUCUCACUCCAGAUGCGCUACUCGAGCUCGAGAUCAAACACAAACAAAAGGGACGCGUUGCGCAUCCGGCGAGAGCUCGCACCUUCGCCCCAGACGUGUACAGCCACUUCUCCGAAGCGCAACGAGCCCACCUAAGGCAGCUGGCCGAAGACGGUGGACCCGAUCUCUCCGACCUGCGCAAUGUAACGUCCCCAACCCGUCCCCUCUGCCUCUGUACCCAAGAACCCACGACCCCGACUCGCACAUCCUCCCCACCGCACCGCCCUCCCCCGCGCUCUCCCACCAGCCCUCAGUCCUGCCCCCAAGCACCUGCACUUCCGGCCUCGAAGAACCAUACCCAGCCUCUUCACCCUCACGCCCCCCCGCCCCCUCGCCCCCUCGAUCCAGAUCCUCCAAAUCCUCCCGCUCCUCCCGCUCCUCCCGCUCCUCCCGCUCCUCCCAGACCUCAUCCCCCUCCCAAAAGUCCGGAGUCCCCCCGCGCAAACGCCGAAAACCAACCCCCUACCUCUACGGCCCCUCCAAAACCUUCACCACCCACGCCUCAGACCACUCGCCCCUCCGGCCCCAUCACGAACACCAUCACCACCACGAGCAGCAGCAGGAUCAGCACCAGCAGCACAACCCCACCUCAACCUCCGAGUCUACUCCCGAGUCUACCUCCACCUCCAGCUCGCACAGCCCCCGCCCCCGCCGCACCGCAAGCAUCCUCCGACGCCGAGUCCUCCUCCAAGAAGCGCGGCGCGGCAGCAUCGCGCGGCACGGGCUGGGGGCGGCGGGGUUCUGGCACCGGCGGCGGGGGCCCAACGGGCGGCUGGAGAGUCAGGCGGAGGCGGAUGCGCGGCGCGGGCGGGCGCGGCGCGGACGGCGCGGGUGGGACGAACCGUGCGAAACACUCCCACCCGACACAUGAACGCGUUGAACGAGUUUCCGCCCUACUCCUCCGGAUUUGCGACUCGCAGUCUUCCACCUACCGAGCCUUCCAUCCUUUCGACAACUGGCGUGUACAGUAA